AUGAAAUCCAACGAUUUGCGAUCUUAUCGAGAACGGGCCCUAAUCCACUUAUUUGACUGCUGUCGAUUCAUAUUGAUUGAGCGCACCUGUAGCUCUCGUCGAGAUCUGCAUGAAGGCAACUCUGGAGGGUUAAGAGGCAAAGCUGCGAUAUUCGCCCAAGAGGAACUCAAGCUGGAACUCAACAAGAGGAAGCUGUUAUUCCAGGAUGAGACAAACACAGAGAUAUUUGGCACCUUUUGCAACUGA